CUACUCUAAAAUGUCAUCGAUGCGACGAAAUUACCGACUCGUGCUUUUUCUUAGCCGAUAAAUUAAUGACGCGACCUUGAAUAUACCUAGUGCUUCGCGAAUCGCGUCCAAAGAUCGAUGUGCCUGUUAAUAAUGUAAAAGGGAUUAGUAAUUGCACAGUACAUACAUGGCUUUGAGUUUAUAGGAACAUCGGUGUUCGAGUAAAGAUUCUACGAUUCAAGUACCAUGCCUAGCGAGCCUUCAACCACUGCUGGAAGUAAAUCCGGUGGAAAGGUAAAAAGGAUUUCCAUACCCCGAGUACAGAGCAGCACGGACACUGAGCUUCAGUCGCAGUUAAGCCAGAGCGGUUCGACGCCGCUAAACCCAACGGCUUUACAUUACGUGAGCUUUCGAUCGGACAUGGAUGAGAAUGGCAUACCACCGAUAUUACGGACCCGCUUGCACGAAUUGUUCCAACUGAUCGAAAAGGAAUUCGAAUUGCUCUACACCGAAAAUGUUGGAUUGCAAGACAAAGUGGAUGCAUUGACGGAAAGACUCGAGAGAGAAUGCUACGGAGAACGUAGCUUACCCCCUGGUGAUAUUACGGACUAUCAGGAUGCAAAGAAUACCUCGACGAAACAGAAACCAUCGACUGGGAUGUCUGCACAGAAAGUGAAGACCUCGCAUAAGCUCAAGGCCCAGACCAGUAAGAUUGUGUCGAGCUUUAAAAACCCAACGAUGACGUGCACCAUGCAGAGGGAAUAUGCAGGCCAUCGUGACGGAGUGUGGGAGGUGUCAGUUGGAAGAACGGGACAACCUAUUAUAGCCACAGCUUCAGCGGAUCAUACUGCACGAGUAUGGGCCAUGGACAAUACCAGGUGCUUGCUACAUUACAUUGGUCAUAACGGAUCCGUCAAUUCUGUCCGGUUUCAUCCAAACCGAGAUCUAGCUCUAAGUGCUAGCGGAGAUUGCACCGCCCACGUAUGGCAAGCAGCCGUCAAUUGGGACACACCGAAUAGGGAGUUGUCUACCGAAGACAUGCCUUCGAUUGGCAUGGACAGGCCACUCUUAAACAUGGUCGGUAACGUUGAGAAACAGGAGGAAGCGCCCACAUUGAGAACCCCGGUAAGGGAAUUAUUAGGGCACACAGGAGUCUUAAUGGCUGCCGAUUGGCUUCCCGGGGCAGAGCAGAUCGUAACAGCCUCAUGGGACCGAACUGCUAAUCUAUACGACGCAGAAACAGGGGAGAUCAUUCAUACGCUGUGUGGGCAUGAUCAAGAGCUCACCCAUGUGUCAACUCAUCAUGCUCAACGACUCUGCGUCACAUCCAGUCAAGACAGUACAUUUCGACUGUGGGACUUCAGAGAACCCAUUCAUUCGGUCUCCGUGUUUCAAGGACACACAGAAACGGUGACAUCGGCAGUCUUCACUCGGGAAGACAAGAUAGUGUCAGGGUCGGACGACAGAAGCGUAAAAGUGUGGGAGCUUCGAAACAUCCGCAGUCCUCUGGCAACGAUAAGGGGCGACAGUGCAGCGAACAGAUUGGCAGUGUCUGCCUCCGGGGUAGUAGCCAUUCCUCACGACAACAGACAGAUAAGUCUCUUCGACCUCAGCGGACAGAGAUUAGCGAGGCUCCCAAGAACCAGUCGACAGGGACACAGCAGAAUGGUCUGUUCGGUCUCCUGGGCAGAAGACGGUGGAGCUUGCAACCUGUUCUCCUGUGGCUUCGACAGACUGGUGUUGGGCUGGAGCAUUCUCCCGGUGAAAGAUGCAUAGUAAUUGGUAUCCUGACGGGCGUGGUCUGACCUCUCAAGUCAAUGAAACGUUGAAAAUCGCUGGCGAUAGUCCGACCGCGUUAGUAGAGACGUACGUAUGGGCUAAGAGCCCGCCGGUCAGGCCGACCAACGAUCCGCCUCUUCCACUUUCGCAAACGACUGCAAUAGAACGUUUUAAUUCAAGUAAUAUAUUCGGUAUAAACUUAGAGAGCCGUAAGGUGUGUAACGCGUAAUUUAAGCGAGCUGUCGCAUGAACUCAGUGGCUGAAAAAUAUAAAUUAUAUAUCCAUUAUUCGAGCA